AUGAGCACCGUGACCAGGACACGGGCAACGCGCUCAAGCGCACUCAAUGCUUCAAAAAAGAUUUCAUCGCAAUUAGGCUCAGAUGAUGAGAAGCCUAUUGAAACAAAUAGACGCGCGACAAAACGACGUCCUAGUCCUCAGGAUGAGGAUCACGACGCGUCCGAGGCAGACGCGACUCCAGAAAUUGAGCCGGAAGCCCCUGCACCAAAACGGCGAAAGACACAAUCUUCAAGGAGCACCAAAGCAAACAACACCAAGUUUCAUGAACAAAUAUUUGGCAGGGAUGGAAAGACGAGUCAAUUACCAUGUGCACCCCCAGCUCGACGACACAAUCUCACAUAUCACCGACCACUUAUGCUGGACGACUACUCCUCACGAAAGGCUCUCCUGGACUGGUUCGACGGUGUCAGUACCAAACGCUCAAUGCCUUGGCGAAAAGCAUGGAUCAAUCCAAAGGAUCACCUACCAGAUGACCUGCGCAAUCUUCUAGAGAGGCGGGCGUACGAGGUCUGGAUCAGCGAGAUUAUGCUGCAGCAGACGCGAGUCGCCGUGGUCAUCGACUAUUGGAACAAGUGGAUGGCCAAAUGGCCAUCCAUUCACGACCUAGCCGCUGCCAGUGCUGAUGACGUCCUCAGUGCCUGGCGUGGAUUGGGUUAUUACAGCAGGGCAACUAGGAUCCACGAGGCCUCAAAGUUGGUGGUGAAGGAUCCUGCGAUGAAAGGGCUUUUGCCAUCCUGCACUCAAGAUCUUGAGGCCAAGGUUCCCGGUGUUGGGAGAUACACCGCAGGUGCCAUCUCAGCCAUUGUCUUUGGACAAGCUGCGCCUAUGGUUGACGGCAAUGUCCUGCGCGUCCUGAGCAGACAGCUAGGGUUAUUGGGCAACGUAAAGACAACCAAGGUCGUUAUUGACACAUUAUGGGCUGCUGCCGAUGCUCUCGUGAAAGCCGUUGCAAGAGACGAGACAGGUACCCCGGAUGGCGAGGAAGCCGAGACAAGCGAUAGACCUGGAAGAUGGGGUCAGGCCCUCAUGGAACUUGGAAGCACCGUUUGUGUACCAAAGCCCAAUUGCGGCGAAUGCCCCAUCACGUCAACCUGUCGAGCCUAUGCAGAAGGAAGAACGUUGGUCUCUCAGGACAAUCGAGAGACCAAGCUCAAUGACAUCGAGGACGCCUGUCAUCUCUGCGAGCCUUUUGAAGAUGCUGAGGGAGACGCUGCUCCAGAUGCCAAAAGCGCCAAAAAGACCAAGGCGAAUGGAUCUCAAAGCAAGCAACUGACAUUAGCGUCGUUUGCCUUCAAGGGACCAGCUAUCGAGAAGUCUUCCUCGAACAAGGCCAACUCGACUCUCAGUGCUCGCAACAUGGAAACUAUUGUGGACCACGCCCGGAAAUUCCCGCUCAAGGUGAUCAAAAAGGCCGUGAGGGAAGAGGAAACGCUCGUCUGUGUGAUCCGCCGCGGCGACGGGCAGUAUUUGGUCCAAAAGCGCCCCGAGAAGGGGCUCCUUGCUGGACUCUGGGAAUUUCCCAGCUAUAUUCUUCAAGACCCAGCCGAAGGAAGCACAUCUGCUAAACGAAAGUCGAAGGCCCUCGUGUACCUCUCCAAAAUAGGAGGUGAGCAUGACCACAAAACAUCAAAGGUCAAGCAUGGAGGUGAGCUGGGCAGCGUGCCGUGGCUCUUCUCACACUUGAAGCUCACAAUGCAUGUUCACCUGUUCUCCCUUCAAGACGAUGAUUGGCUCUCGGAUUCUGAGUCACUUAAGAAGAGUCGCCUCAGAUGGGCGUCAAGUGAUGAGGUUGAUGAUGAGUCAAUGGGUACAGGCAUGAGGAAGUGCUGGAGCCUUGUCAAAGACGGAGAUGAUUGA